AUGCGUGAUGCUGAGAAAGGCAAGAAGACUUUUGUUGAGAAGUGUGCUGAGUACCACACUAUAGAAAAGGGAGGCAAGCAUAAGACUGGAGCAAAGAUGCAUGGUCUGUUUGGGAGGAAGACAGGUCAGGCCACUGGAUUAGUGUACAGAGAUACCAACAAGAACAAAGGCAUCACAUGGGGAAAGGAUACCUUGAUGGAGUAUUUGGAGAAUCCCAAAAAGUAUAUCCCUGGAACAAAAAUGAUCUUCCCUGGAAUUAAGAACAAGAGAGAAAGGGCAGACCUAAUAGCUUAUCUUAAAAGGCUAUUAGUGAGUGAUUCCACUGUCUUCUUUAUUACAAAACAAUUGUCUCUUGGCUUUUAA